UCAUUUAACUUUAUUCCACACACACCAUAUUUAUUUCAAAGUUAAUUUUCUCUCUCUUCACCAAAGAAAUCUGGAAAACUCUCUCAUUCUCAAACAAACCCUAGCCGCCGCCUCCUCCUCCCUCCUUCAGUGUGUCUCCGGCGGUCGUUACAUUGCUCCACCAUCUUCAUUUUUGAAAAUCCAUCACCAUAAAAAGAGUCCCCUCCAUCUUCUCUACAAAACCCAUUUAAAAAUAUCAGGAACGGACAACCUUCGCCGGUGACCACCACGCCGGAGCUUGCAACCACCGCGCCGGAAAAGAGCUUAAACCUUGGCUGUUGUCUUCAUCAAGGUACAUUGAGAUACUUAUCAUCAUAAAGAGUUGUCGAGGCUUAUUCUAGCCAUAUAUUGUUAAGAUAGUCAUGGAACGUCCAAAUCAUGAUUAUGCAGCUGCGUCUGCUAUGGCAUAUGCUCAGCAACAGCGACCGGCUGCUAAUAUGCAACAGCAGCAACAGUUUGGAUUUCAUCCCCAACAUCAGCAGUUUCCUUCUGCAAUGCACGGUCCACCUUUUAUACCCCCUGGUCCCGGUGCUGCACAUCCCUCUAUGCAGCAGUUUCCUUUUCAUCAUGCAAUGCAACACCAGCUGCACCAUCAAGGCCCUCCUCCACCCCAUCUUCUUCUCCAGCAGCAGCAUCAAGCACCACCUGCAUUCCCUUCUCAUUAUCCUCCGCAUCUUGCUCCAUCACCAUUUUUUGAUUCUGCUCCACCCCCAGUUGCUCCUCCUUCUGAUCCUGAGCUUCAGAAGAGAAUUGACAAACUUGUUGAGUAUGCGGUGAAAAAUGGCCCUGAAUUUGAAGCCAUGAUUUGUGAAAAGCAACGGGAUAAUCCUUCUUAUAGUUUUCUCUUUGGUGGGGAGGGCAAUGCUUAUUACCGUUUUAAGCUUUGGUUAUCAAGUCGACCCCCAAGUGGUCCAUUCAACCAACCAUUUCCGUCAUCUUCUGUGUCAAUGAUCCAUCCUUCUCCUAAUCCAAUGAUGAGCCCAUCUCCUAGUGGUCCUCCAAUGAAUCCGAUCGGAAUUGGAUCUUCACCUUCAAUGCUAGUCCCGCCUCCAUUCCAACAAUUCUAUGAUCAACAACACCACCAUCAACAUCAUCAGUCUUUUGGGCUUCAUGGUCGACCUGAGUAUGAUCAGUCAUCCAAGUCUUUCAAAGGGCUCUCCGGACCACUUCCAUCUGAUGUUGCAAUGGAACUGAGUAAUGUUCUUAACAAUUUGAAUGGUACAAAGGAAUCCAUUAAAGGGGCUAAACUCUGGUUCAUGCAGAGAGCACCAUUUGCACCAGCUCUAGCAGAGACUCUUAGAGAUAGGGUAUUUGCAUUUGAUGAUGUUGAGAGACAGUUACAUAUAAUAUACCUUGCAAACGACAUUCUUUUUGACAGCUUAAAUCGAAGGGCAAGUACUCACGACCUUGACAAUGAGGCCCUUGCGUUUAAACCUGUUUUAGGCUCUAUGCUUGCAAGAAUUUAUCAUAAUCCACAAAGCAAUGAGGAAUAUAGGAAAAGAUUGCAGCAAAUGGUGGAGUUCUGGGCUUCUAAAGAGGUAUUUGAUCAAGAGACUAUAUCUUCACUCAAGGUUGAAAUGUUUAGUGGGCCGCAGACAAAUUCUUUUCCUGCAACACAAAAGGACUUAUCUUCUGCUUCAGCAGAUUCAGGUGCAGGAAUACUACAGACUCCAAAUCAUAUUGUCCAGCAGUGGCAAGCUGAUAGGAUGAGCUCUGGUACAAUUGUCUUGGAUCAAGAUCGCCCCGAUAAACUUCUGGGGCAAUCUAUUGCAGCUCAGCAAUUUCUUACAAAUUCUGCUCCUCCUAGUGCCUUUCCAGGGUCCAUGGGUAUACCAUCUUCUGUUCAACCAACCAAUCAACCUCCAUCAUCCGGCACAGGCGAACAAUUACCUCCAUAUCCACUGUUUCCACCUGGCCUCAUUCCUGGAAUGGUUAGAAAGAUGCAGAUUGGCAGUGGGGUCCCUUAUUCUCCUAUGAGCCCUUUGGAUAUCCCAACUAUGAUACCACCGUCAACUGUACCACCAUCAGAAAUUCUUCAAAGAGUGUCCAAGUUUUUUAAAGAAAUUGGAGAGGUAAAUCCUUCCGAGGGACCUAUGAAUUCUGAAUCAAGAGAUGAAGAUGAUGAAUACGAUGGAGAAUAUGAGAGAGAAUCUCAAGUACGAAAGGGAGGUGCUUGCAUACCUCCACCCCCACACUUGCAGCAGAUUGAUCCAGAGACAGGGACCUAUGCCGAUGGAAGUGUAGAUCGCAAGCCGGGGUCAAGUGGCUCGGGAAGGUUAGGACUUGGGGCCACAGCCGAUCCAAAUGAGGUGAGUCAGUAUGAUGAUGUAUAUUCAUCUUAUAGGAAGCAGAGAAGCACAAAUUAUCAUACAUCCAUGAGUGCUAGAGCGACGGUGAAAUGAAAGCACCUGUCACUGUAUCAUAAUAAGUUGUGUUAUUGGGUCACUUCACUUGGGUGUUAGACUAGGUCUGCGCCUUGUCUUUGUUGAUAUUUCUCUGAAACUGAUGCUUUUAUCUACCCUUGUCUUUGUUGAUAUUUCUCUGAAACUGAUAUGCUUUUAUCUAUGAUCCAAUGUUUUUGUCAUGGAUGAUUGGAUGUAUCUCUAUUUGGCAGAAACUGAAGUUCCGGCAAACUUGAAAACACACUUGUAGAUGAGAUAAAAUUAAAAAAAAAAAAAGAUAAUUUCAAA